CAAGACAUUGCUCUCCAGACGAGACACAUAGGUCGCGAGCAGUAGCUGACAGCACGAUUCGGGAACUGUAGCUAGUGAGGUAGGUGCUAGUGAUAAAGAGGAUAGUGAGCUAGAUGUAAGCGGCGAUGAGGUUAGCGGGUCGGGGGGUUGGAAUUUGUGUUUAAAGCCCUGUAAACAAAUGCCACUUGCAGAGAAAGAACAGCUUGCCCGAGAAGAGAGCCGAACCCAAGACUAGUACAAAAGAUGACAGCGAGGUGGAGGAUGGCGAGAAUGCAGAUAGCGAUGGGUCAUCGGGUGGGGGUCAUGGAGGUACUUUCUUUGGACUAACAUCAGCCAUUCUGACCUCUAACAUCAACUGUCUUGGAUCCCCACCUCUCUGACUUCAGCUGAAUAUCAAACGUCUCUAUUAAUUAAUCAUUUUAACUACAGCUGAAGAUCAAUAGUCUCCACUUUCCUUUACCUUCAUCUGCGGGAGCUCGUCAAAGUGUUAUGCGUUUGUACUUCGUCGUACAAAAGUUGGAGUAAGUGUGCUAGGACUUAUUACAGUGUAUGUUACUUUUCACCAUAGACCACCUUCCUUUCGCCGCGGUGCAGGAACAACGGACGAAGGUCAGCAGCCAUCAUUUCGUCUGUGUCGCAUCGGACGGUCCUCCAUCCAACAAGAAGAAUUGCUCAAGAUUACAAGGAACAGUUGUGUGUGUCCAUCAAAGACCGUGCGCCCCAUACAGCAAAGACGCUUGGGUCAAGCUAAGUGGCUCGCCAAUACUAACAGCGCAGAAGUUCGCAAGAGGCUGAGGUUGGUCUUGGCAGACAGACAGCAAUCCACCUGUACACAUCCGUGAUUUGUUACUGACGGCAGGUGCUAAGCUACGCGCGAUUGGCUGGCUGGUUCUGCAGGUGUUAGUAUAGUGACCUUUUGCACGCCGGAAGAGGAAGGCUGGAGCAGCCCAUGACAUCACUGCAGUAGACGGUCAACACGAAGUGGCAGCUAGCUAGAGCAGACGACGAGAACUCUUUCACAGAGGUACAAAACGCUGUGGCGAAUGUGCUCAGACGAACGACGUGCUUCAGUAAUCCAAGAUCGCCGACACACCAAAUUUGGCAGUAAUGAUGAACAGAUUUCAUCUGAUGCUAUUGUUAUGCAUCUUGCCUUCAGUGUCACUAUUUGGAGUGGAGUAUAUUUGCCCAACAUUCAGAGAAGGGGUGAACAUUGUUGUCUGCAAAAUCAACAAGACUGCAGCAUCUGACAGUUCAAAAUGUACCACACAGCAAAAUGUGACUUUUGAUUGGACAUCAAAACAUACAGUCACACUAUGCACUGCACCUGCACCAUCCUCCUCUGCUUGUAAAAUACAGAACAGUCCAUUGCCUAAAACAUGCUGGUGUGACAAAUCAGAUCAAGACAUUUUUACAUACAAGUUUGCUUUUGUAGCCAACAAAAGCAUAGAUACAGGAGCUCUUCUGGAGUGCACAUAUUGUGUGCCACAUAUGGAAAAUGUGAACAUUGAUGGUUGCAACAUUUCAAACAUAGAAUUAUCAAGGGCUCAUUUGGUUAAUAAAACGCCGGCAUGGAUUGUUACACUAUUCUUGUCAGGAAUAGCAUUUAGUUUGUGGUGGCUUUAGCAAAGCGACAUCUUAGCUGGUCCUACCACAGACGUACGUGGUAUUACUAGGAAGAAAUUACUACCUGCCAAGGCACGCAAGAACCAGGGACGUCGAUGAGUUACACCAGAGAGCUUAGAUAAAUAGAGGGACCACUCGUGACCGCAGGGAAAACUCGUCGGUUAGAGUUAUCUUUCGUAACGUGACUCUAAGAAACGACACAAGCAAGCGAAGGUGAUCGUCUGAGGCAAGGUGGACAUUUUUUUUCUGCAAUUAACUGUCAGAACGCUAGGUUUAAAUUAACCUCAAAAGAAAAACGUUUCCAAAAUUUCCCAAAGGACGAAGAGAAGUAAGCUACGAAUUCUCAAAUUACGAUCCAUAAGUGUACUGUAGUUGAGAGCAGCCUACUACAACAUAGUUGCUCUUUUACUAUGAUUUUUAAAACGACUUUACUUAUUAUACUGUGAAACUGUGUGAUGAAUUUUCCCGUAUCCGAUUACAAACAUAUUUAAAUUUGUUAUAGUAUUAUCAUUUAAUUCAUUCGUCACUGGGGUGAGUGUUAUAAAAAUAUUUGUUAUCAAUAUAUUGAAAAAAGGUAUUACAACAGGUGCAAAAUAUGGAUGAAUUUUACAAGAAGAAAAGAUUUUGACCAUCUUACACCAUCUGAUAUAUAUGGAAAAGGCUACUGUCUUUGUUCUGAUCAUUUUGAGGAAAGUCAGUGCAACUGUCCAACCCCCCCCCCCCCCAAAAAAAAAAAAGUCUUGUCUGGAAUGCUGUACCCACAGUUUUCUCCAUUCCAAAUCCACCAAGCAAUGUUGAUAACAUAUGAUUAUUAGAAAAUAAUAUAUUCCAAUAUAUAUUACUAAGUCACAUUUUACCAUCAUGGGCCUUUGUUUCUGUCAUAUUUUAUUUUUUUUAAUUAACAUUCAUCAUGAGAGAUCACUCUAAUUGGCACAUAAGGCUAAUGAUGAUCAUAGCUUGCACUGCAAAAGAUCUGUUUGAACGUGUGUUUGUUUGUACAGAUUCUACAUAUAGAUCUAUUGGAUAUUUUGGCUACUGUUAACUCCUUUUCAUUAUGCUAAUAGGUGCUAAAUCUGUAAAUCACAUUUCCGUGUACCUGUAUUUGUAGGUAACUUCUUCAAGAAAGCAACCAGUGCAGUAUUAGAGUGUGCCUAUCGUAAAAAUAUUGACCAGUUACUUCCUGGGAAAAAAGUUAAAUCUCAGUGAUUUGACUUCUGUGGGAAAAGCUAAAAAGCAUUGACCUCUGUUGCCCACUUGGUGCGUGUGAUCUGAAAGGAAGUGUGAUUAAUCUGUUUAUCAAUGUUCGCCUUCAUUUUUCUCUUAAAGAUAGCUCUGUGUCCUUUUUGGAGA